UUUCUGGAAUAUACAGAGUUUCACCCCAUUAUGAGUCUCAGCUGGUUAAACUUUUAUUUCUGACUUUCUUUUAGGUUGGUCUCUACUUGCAUCUUUUAACUUUGAAGACAAAAUAUACUUGGAUCUAUCACUUUUUUGGAAAGUUUCUCUACUAAGCAAUAAAUUACCCACUGUGUCCUUACAGUAUAGAAGGUUUUGAGUUCUCCAAAUCUAAACAAGAUUUCCUUCUAUUUUCCCAUGAAGCCACAUUGUUGUUUAUUCACUUUAGUGGUGAGUGUUACUGUGCCUGCUGCUUUUGUUUUUGAAGAUGUGGACUUCAACCAAAUGGCUCCCUGGGGAGAAAAUCACAGUUCUUACAAUGCAUCAUUUCCCCCAACCUUUGAACCCUCACCAAGUUCCCACUCAGGUGAUGAUGUCAUCAUAGCCAAAGAGGGAACUAGUGUUUCAAUGGAGUGUCUUCUCACAGCUGGUCACUAUGAAGAUGUCCAUUGGUACAACUCAAAAGGACAGCAACUGGAUGGCAGAAGCAAAGGUGGAAAAUGGUUGGUUUCUGAUAACUUCCUAAACAUCACCAACAUAGCCUUUGAUGACCGGGGGCUCUAUACGUGUUUCAUCACUUCUCCAACUCGUGCCUCCUACUCUGUCACCCUACGUGUUAUCUUCACCUCGGGAGACAUGAGUGUCUAUUACAUGAUUGUUUGCCUGAUUGCCUUUACGAUCACUCUCAUCUUGAACGUCACAAGGCUAUGCAUGAUGAGCAGCCAUCUUCGCAAGACCGAGAAGGCCAUCAAUGAAUUCUUUAGAACUGAAGGGGCUGAGAAACUUCAGAAGGCCUUUGAGAUUGCAAAACGAAUCCCCAUCAUCACCUCAGCCAAAACUCUGGAGCUCGCCAAAGUCACACAAUUUAAGACCAUGGAGUUUGCACGUUAUAUUGAAGAACUAGCAAGAAGCGUUCCUCUUCCACCCCUUAUUCUGAACUGCCGCGCCUUUGUUGAGGAAAUGUUUGAGGCUGUGCGAGUAGAUGACCCUGAUGACAUAGGAGAAAGAAUUAAAGAGAGACCUGCCUUGAAUGCUCAAAGUGGCAUAUUUGUCAUUAACCCAGAGAUGGGGCGGAGUAAUUCACCAGGAGGAGAUUCAGAUGAUGGCUCUCUGAAUGAACAAGGCCAGGAGAUAGCAGUUCAGGUUUCUGUCCACCUUCAGUCAGAGACAAAAAGUAUUGAUACAGAUUCUCAAGACAGCAGUCAUUUCAGCCCACCUGAUGAUAUCGGAUCUGCUGAAUCUAACAAAGACGGGACAUAUGAAAACUGUCAGCUAUAGGCUAUCCCAAUACCUACAAAAAUGGCUCCCAGAUAAAAAACUUGUUUCUUGGGAAAAAAAACAACAUUUUUACCAAAAGAUAACUGGGGUUAAUAUUAAGCAUAUCAGAACAUGAAUUGCCAAAACCUUUGUAAAAAUUCAGUGCUUUUCCUAUUUGCUAUUUCUUAGUCAUAUUCCUUCACCUUGAUUAAACAAUGCAUAUUAAGAUUUAAAGGAACCUAAGAGAUAAACAUGAUGGGAAAAGUACUGAACUAAGAAUCCCAGGGUUUCUGGUCACAGAUUGUUCCGAUGGUAGGUCUGACCCUUAUCUUGAGGCUUCAGUUUUCCCAUGAGUAAGAUAGGGGAUUUGUAUUAAAUGGGAUCUGAAGUUGUUUCUAGCCCUAAAGCUUCUUACCCAACAGCUUUAAACCACCAAAAUCAUCAACAAAUCUCCAAGUAAACCUUUCCCUACAUUUUUAGUCCCUCUUUUUGAAGAGAAUCAAGCUGAGACUAUUCAGUGAUAACAGGUUUCCACAUCAUUGUCAUAAUGCUCAGAGGCAUAAGUGUAUUUCAGAUGUUUCGCCUUGUGGAAGGUACACAUCAAUGAUAUGUGCUAGGUUGAAUCUCUUCAGUAUCUAUCUUGUUAUACUGAUACAGAAGCACAGAUAUCAGAGGGCUAACUGCUAUUUUAUAUAUACUACUUUCCAUGAGUAAAUUAGUCCUUCUUGGGAUAUAUCGUAUCUUUUCAACUUACUACAGUGUUUUUCAAGCUUUUUUAUCU